GCGUAUACACAGUAGACACACAGUGCAUUUAUACUGGUUUGCUUCGAGUGAUCCAAGUAGUUUAGUGAACGCUGUUUCUCUUUUCUCUUUCAGUUUUGUUUGUGAUUUCGUCGGGGAAGGUGUGUGUGGUCGUGCCGAUUUUGCAUUUUGUGGCUUUAAGUGAAGUAGUACAUAAGGAUUUUUUAGCUGUCUAUAUACAUACAUAUAUAUGUAUACAUAUACUUGUUUAUUCCAUUGUGUGUACACUUAGUGCUGUUUCGUUAACAGUGGAAAGCCAUUCCUUAUCCCAGAUAAAAAUUGGGAGUUUCAAGAUCUUGUAGUGAAAAUUAAAAAUUACAAAUAAUUUUUUAAUUUUUUUACAAAUUAAAAAUUUAUAAAUAUAAAACUUAGCAAAAAAGAUAAAAACUAAACGCGAUAAACGUUUUAUACACAAAAUUAACUAAAUCAAAUAUAUAUUCGAAAAAACAAAAAAUAAUAAAAAAAAAAAAAUGGCAUCCGAAGUAAGUCAGACACCAGUCACUGAAAAUAAGGUUGCCGAAGAGGCGGCGGCGGCAGCAGCAGCAACCAAGCCUGAAAGCGCAGCUACAGAGACAGUAGCUACCAAGGAGAAUACUGCUGAAAGCAAUGGUGCCGAUACAGCGAACGCACAGGAGAAAGGCGACGACACAAAGGCGUCGGCCGGUGGUGAAGACACAAAGAAAGAUGGAGACAAUGCUACUACUGCAGCAGCAACCAACAGCAAACCCGAACCAGCACCAAAGUUCAAUGUGCAUAAAACGAACUUUGAGAAGGAUGUAAUAUAUCUGUAUCAGUUCUCCCGCACUCCUUUGCUGCCAUCGCUAUCACCAUAUUGUCUAAAAGUUGAAACCUGGCUGCGUCUGGCAGGUCUUAAAUACGAGAAUGUUGAUCAUAAAAUGCGUUUCCGUUCAAAGAAGGGACAAUUGCCAUUCAUUGAAUUGAACGGUGAGGAAAUCGCUGAUUCAGCCAUCAUUAUUAAGGAGUUGUCAGCACGUUAUGACAAGCACUUGGAUGCCGCUCUAACAACAGAGCAACGUAAUGUGUCAUAUGCCAUGAUUGCUAUGUUGGAGAAUCAUUUGAUUUGGAUUAUUUUCUAUUGGCGCGCCAAGUAUCCCGAUAAUGUACUGAAAGGUUAUAAAGUGAAUUUGCAACACGCACUCGGCUUACGUUGGCCGAAUUCGAUUUUGAAUUUUGUUUUUAAAUUCACUUUCGGACGAAAGUGGUUCCAGGGUUCGAAAAAAUUGAAGGCUCACGGCAUCGGUGUACACAGCCCCGAAGAGAUUGAGGAAUUCGGUAAGAAUGAUUUGAAGGUCUUGAGCGAAAUGUUGGAUUGCAAGCCAUUCUUCUUUGGUGAUGAGCCAACCACUUUGGAUGUGGUCGCGUUUGCCAUUCUAUCGCAACUGCAUUAUUUAUCAAAGGAUAUUUCAUAUCCGUUACGUGAUUUCAUGACCGAAAAAUGUCCCAAUUUGGUUGGACAUGUGUCGCGAAUGAAGGAGAGAUGCUUUCCCGAUUGGGAUGAGAUUUGCACAAAAUUGGACUUGAAUGCUCAUAUUCCAAAGCCAGAGCCUGAAACAAAGGAGGGCAAGGAGGGUGAACCAGAGAAAUCAAACGAGCAAGAAAACGAUUCCGAUAAGAACGAGAAGGAAUUGGAAAAAGACAAGUCGAACGAGAAAGAGAUCACAGAGGAGAAUAAGGAGAAAGAGGAAACAAAGUAAAUAUCGAUAUCGAUAACGAUAGCUUAGGACAACUGUAAAGGACAUGCAUUUAAAAUAUAAAAGAAAAAUAACAAAAUAAUAAUCAUACACAAACACACAAAAAAGUAUAAUACAAUAAAUUUGAAAAAAAAACCUUUUUUAUAUAUAUUACGAAUAGCAUAAAAUUAUAUAAAGAAAAUUAUACAUAAUGUAUAAGACAUUGCAAAUUAGUUAAAAGCGAAAUAACAUCUGACGAUGAUGAUGGAUGAUUCCAACUGAUUUUAUGUUUAUUUUAUAUUUCACCUUUUCAUUUAACUUUUUUCAUCAUUUUUGUUGUACAAUUUUAUUGUAUCGUUUGUUUCUUCCAAAAUGAAAAAAAAGAUGAGACGAAAUGAAAGAAAAAGCGCAGAAAUGCAGCAAUGUAUUAAGCCUAAAUGUAAUUAAGUUUAUUUUAUUUUAUUUUUUCCUUAUUAUUAAUAUAAACAUUUUUAUAUAUGUAUAUAUACAUACAUAUAUAUUACAUACAUACAUUUAUAAAUAUAAUUUUUUGUGUGCAAAUAUAAAAUAUAUAAUGAAAAAAGAGAAAAAAAUGUAUCGUAUGAUGAACAUUGUGUUUUGAAUGUUGACUAAAACAAAAACAAAACAAAACAAAAAAAAAACAUAAAAAGAUUAAGAUGAAACGCUGCUACAAGAGAGAGAGGUAUAAGUUCUUCUUUUCAGAAUCAAAGUGGAAAAAAAAACAAAAA